AUGUUACAAGGAAUCAAUUCGAUCACAUACCUACCUCUUCCGGAUUCCCUCCAAGCCACUAUUAAACAGGCAAUAAGUGCAAUAUCUGGCAAAGUUAUUUCUCAUUCGGAGCCAUAUGCCUCGAAAUUUGACCUUCCUAACAAUGAUGAGGUAAAAUUGGUUGUGGAGGAGGCAAAGAAGGCUUAUCAAAAGGAAAAGCUACCGCGUGACUUUUCUAUUUUAUCAUUGCAUGGGGCCGUCUUUAGAGGGAGGUGGAAAUCUGGUGGGCUCAAUGACACUGUUAUUGUCCCACUUAUAGAUCACCAUGCUGAAGUUAUUGCAAGGAAUGAAUCUGGGGAUGAGAAAAGACUAGAUUGGAAUUGGAAAAGUGCUAUAUUUGUGCAAAGAUUAACAUUUUUCGAGAUUGAAGGUGAAAAUAAGAUUGGUGCGAUAAUCCUUCAAUUUAGGCGAUAA